AUAUGUAGGACAAAGUCCCUAUUGCAAAGACCAAAAAUAAUACGAAGAAGAAUAUGGGUUCGAAGUCUCUAAAUAUUGCUGCACUUGUGUUGCCACUGCUUCUUAUACUGUUCACUCUUUCCUCUCAAGCUAGACUCGUCGAAUCUACUGGGCGCAAACUGGCAGUACGGGGAUUUGGGGGAGCGCCUAUCAUAUGGACACCACCUUCAAAUUCAUGUGGGGCUUCUCCAGCAGUAUGGUAUCCGAAACCUACGAAACCCCGACCAUGCAGGCGUUCUCCAGGAAUUGGCAUCCCUACUUCGUACCAAUCUCCUUGAUACAAUUAUAAUAAUACUUCAAUUCACGUUUACUUCUCUAUGUCAGACUUUCAAAGUGAUAUGCAAUAAUAAAGUGUAUGAGGUUUUCUGAUCA